AUGGAAGCAGAUAAAGCAGCCUCCAAGUCCGUCGUGCAUGCGGUAUCGGAGGAGCCAUCCACCACAAACAGUCCUUCCAUCUCUGACCAACAGUCCAUCCCCGAGCAAGACGAUGGAAAGCAACCACCUCCAUUGGUGGCCAAGCUGUUCGCAGUCCUGUUGAUCUCGUGUAUCAGCUUCGGUUCGCACUGGAGCUCUGGUGUCACAGGGGCUAUGAAGAGUACCAUAAAAAAGCAAAUGCACAUCGAUAACACCCAGUUCUCGCUCUUGGAAGCUAGCGAGGAUUUCAUGGCCACGGUCUUGCUCCUUAUCAGUGGUAUUGUCACGGAUCGAGUCGGAGGCGCUGAAAUGAUCGUUUAUGGAAACAUCGUCUAUACCAUCGGGUCGAUCCUCGUUGCCGCUGCCACAACAGUGCGCUCAUUCAAAUUCAUGAUCGGAGGUCGAGUCGUGCUCGCGCUCGGCGACAUCGCCACACAGAUUGCUCAGUAUAAGAUGUUCUCUUCAUGGUUUCCUCCCAGCAACGGAUUUGCGUCUACCCUCGGCUUCGAGCUGGCCAUUGGAAAGAUUGGUGGAUUUGUUGGGAAAUCCACGGCCAAUGUCAUUGCCAAGAACACAGGAAAUUUCGCCUGGGUCUUUUGGACUUCGGUCUUUAUGAAUCUCUUCACCAAUGUAGCCACUGCCGUAUUCUGGUUCUUCACCCGUUACUGCAAUCGCCACUAUAGCGGACGACAGGACACGGCCACCCAAGAAAAGCUGACGGAGAAGAACAAAAAGUUCGAGUUUCAAAAGAUGUUCCAGCUGCCAUGGAUGUUCUGGGCCGUUCUGCUCUUCUCCCUGUUCCAAACGAGUGCUGCUUCGGUCUUUAGUCAAAAUGCCACGGAGCUGGCCGAGAAGCGAUUCAAUGUCGAUGCCAUCAAGGCAGGAUGGUACAGUUCCCUGUCUCAGUAUGCCGGUUUCUUCCUCGUCCCUUGUUUGGGGGUUUUUAUUGAUGUGCUAGGAAAUCGGGCGACUGUUUUGUUCACCUGUGGAACUGGGAUGCUUCUGAGUAUGGUCUUGAUCAACUUUGCUACGUCCAAGGCGGGCACGGGCGCUGCAUUUGGAAUCUAUGCGAUCGCCAUGUCCCUGGGCCCAACCUCGGUGAUCGAUAGCAUUCGCACAACUCUUUGGCAUCAGUCCGUCUUUGGCUCAGCGUACGCGUUGAAAGUCACCAUGAACAACGCGAUGAGCAUCAUUGUUCGUAUCAUCACCGGAGCUCUCCAAGACGCCGAUAACGAUUCCUACCGCCGGGUGGUCCGGGUGUACCUCUUCCUGGGUGCAGCUGCCAUGGUCGUUGGCCUGGGUCUCUUGAUCGGCUCGACCGUGAGCGACAAUCUCGCCCCGUUGCAGUGGACUCGGAAACGACGCUUGACCUCGGGGGCAGAGAUCAUCCAGGCCAUGCGAGAACGGAGCCUGGUCACCAACAAGCGGCGUACCAUGCGGAUUUCGACCGUGUGCUUUGGCGCAUUGAUGUUGUUGACUCUUGGGAGCUGGGCGGCGUAUAUCUGGGGGGCUGUGACGGGGCACAACUCGUAG